UGACUUUCAAGUGUUUUCAUGAGUGUUUUGCCUGUAUCAGGAUGAAGGUGAGUGUUGCUCUCCUGUGCUGUUUUCUGCUCACUGAUGGACAAACUGAGGUGCAAGAUUUUGUGGCAAAUGGAAAAAACAACCAGCCCAACAUCUGGACUGAGGUGAGAGAUAUAAGAGACAUGGUGGUGGAGCUCAAAGUCAAGUUGGACAUGGCGAUGAAAGAUAAUGCAAAAAUGGCAGAACAAAUGCAGGAGCUGAAGAAAGAGAAUGCAGGGAUUAUUGAACAAAUAAAGAUAACAGAAAACCAGCUGAAAGGAAUUAAGAGAGAAAAUGAAGAACAACCAAAAGUGGCAUUUUCAGCUGACUUAGGCAUGCGUGGUGAUUUAGGUCCUCAGAGCACUGAAAUCACUCUGACGUUUAACAACAUCUUCACAAACAUUGGUAACAACUACAAUCCAGCAACAGGUCUCUUCACUGCACCAGUUAAAGGAGUCUACUACUUCAGAUUCACUGCAUGUGGUACUCAAAUCCAACAAUCACUGGGUGCAAGUUUACAUAAAAAUGGGCAGAAGAUUGUGUCAGUAGGUCAGUGGCGUGAUCACAAUCAGCACAGAUAUGCAUCAAAUGGAGCUGUCCUGCAGCUGGAAGUGGGUGAUGUAGUUUGUGUGAAACUCCUCCCAGGUUACACCAUCUAUGACAGUCCAGAUAACCUCAGCACUUUCAGUGGAUUCCUCAUUUACCCAUUAAAGUGAUCAACCAUUGCACACA